AUGGAUAAACAAGACUACUACACCAUCUUGGGCAUAUCACGUACUGCAAACAAGGAUGCAAUUCGCCAAGCGUACAAGCUGAAGGCGCUUCAGCUGCACCCAGACAAGAACCCGAACGGCGAGGCAAUUUUCAAAUUAGUUGUGAACGCGUACCAAACACUCAAUGACCCCACAAAGCGCUCGGCAUACGACCGGGAGCUGACGCGGCGGGACCGUGGCUUUGGCGCUCACCCGUUCCGACAGGCGGCGCCACAGCCGUCGUCUCCCGCUGCCUACCCGACGUCAUCCUACGGCGCCGACGCCGGCGCCUCACGGAAGCCGCGCUACGCCACCGACGAGCAGCUAUUCAAGGACGCCUACGAGCAGUACAAAAAGAGCCCCUUCUCCGCUACCCCCGAUGGUGGGUUCCGCGGCGUCAACUCCGAGGGCACCUUCGCCGAGUGGUUCAAGAAGAAACAAGAAGAGCUGCGGCGGGCGGAGGAGGUGACCAAGGCAAAGGCUGAGUAUGCCAAGAGCCUUGAGCGCGAAGAGCAACGCAGGGCUGAGGAGUGGCGCGACAUGCAGCGCCGGCGAGAGGAGGAGCGCGAGGAGGAGGUGAGGCAGGCCAAGGAUCAGCGCGAGCGCGAGCGCGAAAUGCUGAGACGCAAGCGGGAGGCGGAGGCGAAGGAGCAGAAGGCAGCCGAGAAGAGAGCCCAGAUGGAGGCGUACGCGGAGGUGCAGCGUGAGCAGCAGGCGGACGUUGAGCGCCAUCUGCGUGACUUGGCGUCACAGAAGCGCGAGCUGGCCGAGGAGCGUCGCCGCCUCGCGGAGGAAAGGGCUGAGGUGACGAACCUCGCCGCCGAGCACCGCUUCACGCGGGACAUGGCGAACAAGCAGCGCGGGCAGGAACUGGCUGACGCCGUGCGCCGCGCAGAAGCGAAAGUGCGCGAGGCACAGGAACAACAAAUGCUCCGCGAGGCCAACGAGCGUAUCAAGGCUGAAGAGCGGGCGCACGAGGAGAAGCUCAAGCGCGCCGAGGAGGAGCGAGCGCUAGAGGCUGAGAGGGCGCGCGAGCGCGAGCGGCAAAAGGAGGCAGAGGCUGCGGAGGAGGAGCGCAACCGCACGACAGCCGAGUUGGGAGAGCAGCGGAAGCGCGUGAUUGCGCAAAUGAUGUCGGAGAGGCGAAAGCACGAGGAGGACGUGUCUGCGAUGCGGAGGGAGACGGAUCGCAUCGAGGCGGAGAUGAAGGCCAAGCUUGAGGCGUUGCGCGCCGCGAAGAACUCUGGCCAGACUAUUAACUUGGAUGAAUGGAAGUUGUAG